GGAGCUGAUUUAGUUUGUUAAUAACAUGAUGAUGUACACACUGUACAGUAGGUGGUGGUGUGCACCUUUCAGCUGUCUGCAACCGCCUAUUAACUUGAGAGAGAAUGAGAGAGAGAACGACGUCCUCACUGGUUGAAAAGCCGUUUCAGUUUCCAUGUCUUCAGAUAACUUGACACUUCAUUACUCUCUGCACGAAAUUCAGGGAAAUGGCAUCGAGUGGUGAGGAAAUCCAGCUUCCUUUACGAAGGAAAAGAAAGAACGGAGAGGAAAGUGAUGGUGUCGCAGGAAAGAGGUUGGAAUCUUGUUUGGAUCAGCCCACGGACUCAGUUACUUGUGAAGUCGUCACGUAUACAGCGUCACCGCUACCUAAGAAACAUUAUGAUGCUGACACCACUGAACCAAUCACCUGCGGUCUUGAAUCAAUGGAGGAUCUGUUGUCGUGGACAAGAAGUAAGGCAAACCCCUUCAGUGUGGCAGUUGUCCCCUUGGCACCUAGAGAGCCUCCUCUGGACCGUUGUCUGCGACGGACCUUGGUGUCUCAUGACAUGAUGGGUGGCUACCUUGAUGACAGGUUUGUUCAGGGCACAAAUGCAGAGGCUCCAUAUGCUUUCUACCACUGGCAGUACAUUGAUAUUUUUAACUACUUUUCACACCACCUGGUAACUAUUCCUCCGGCUGUGUGGACCAAUGCUGCACACAAACAUGGAGUCAUCGUUAUUGGGACUUUCAUCACAGAGUGGAUAAAUGGAGCUGCGAUGUGUGAAGACUUCCUGAAAGAUGAGGAGUCGUACCGGAGAGUAGCUGAUAAACUUGUCCAGAUUAGCCACUGUUUUGGCUUUGACGGCUGGCUCAUUAACAUAGAGAACAAGCUCAGUGAGGUUGCAGUGCGAAAUGUGCCGCUGUUCCUGCGCUAUCUGACAGACCAGAUGCACGAGAGAGUGUCCGGCAGCCUUGUGCUGUGGUACGACAGUGUACUUGACAAUGGAGAGCUAAAAUGGCAGAAUGAGCUCAACCAGUCCAACAGGGUGUUUUUUGAUGCUUGCGAUGGCCUCUUUACCAACUACAACUGGAAGGAGGAGAACCUAGUGGAGAUGAAGAACCUGGCGCUCCAAGACCGCCAAGCUGACAUCUAUGUUGGAGUGGAUGUGUUUGCUCGAGGAGAGGUAGUAGGAGGAAUGUUUGAGACAAAUAAGGCGCUGGAGAUCAUUCGAAGGCACAACUUCUCUGUAGCCAUCUUUGCUCCUGGCUGGGUAUACGAGACUCAUGAGGAUAAGAGUGAAUUCCGCAAGAAUCAAGACAAGUUCUGGGCUCUUCUGUCAAACUACCUGUACAUCCACCGACUAGCCUCACCGCUCCCCUUCGUCUCCUCCUUCUGCCAGGGCUUUGGGAAUGCCGUCUACUGGCAAGGACAGCAUGAGACAAAUAGCAGCUGGUUCAACCUGACAGCCCAGGAGAUUCAGCCUUUGUACUACCACCAGACUCUAGGGGGACUCGGGUGGCUGAGAAGCUCUGGCUGCCCGAAGGACGCCUGGAAUGGAAGUUGUUCGCUGCUGCUCGACGGACUCAUCCCUGCAAGCCACACCACUCCAGUUUGUGCCAAGAUCUUCUCCAUCCAUGUACCCCUGCCGUCCAGUACACUGGUGAGCCUCAUCUACAAGGCGUCUCCUGAGAUCGCAGUCUCCUUGGAGCUGAAGACGACUGAUGCCAGUCAGUGCACACACGUCGAUGUCCAGGAAAUCCAACUUAACAGUGUAUCCCCUGAAGUACUGGAUGACGAGCACCAGUUAGUGAACAAGUUCACUCAGCUAUGUGGAAACUUGAACCACAAUGGUUGGACCAUGAGGUGUUCACAGCUGGAGCUUCACUGCUGCACUCUUCGAGAAGUUUGUGUGAAGAUCGAACGCAUCGGACAGCCUGAGGACAGGCCUUUCAGCUGCAGGGUGGGAGAACUCAUGGUCUUAGAUGUAGCUAGCCUGCAGGUGCCCCCAGACAGGAUUCACGGUGUGUGCAUUGAUGACGUGGUGUGGCUGCGUGGGGCUGGAACCUCACUCCUCAAUGCCACUCUGCGCUGGGACUACCCUGGCAACCUCGUACGUCACUUCAAGGUGUACUGGCGACAGCUGAGAGGACCUCAUCCCAGCAUCCCCCCCGGUCAGUUGGUUCUGGUGGGUCGCUCGUAUUCCAAUUUGUUCAGGGUGACGGAACUGAGAGUGCCAGAACCUCCUGGCCUGUUGGAGCUGGUGGUGGAGCCAGUGAUCAAGAUGGGUUUCCCAGUCCCAGAGAGCCACUGGGGAAGAAGAAGCCUCAGCUACACAAAGGAUUCCUCGAAAUGAAUUUUACACAAAUACCAACCAGUAGCAUCUUCAUUUACUCUCAUGCUACGACUGUUACUAUCACACCUGUGAAGCAGAAUGUGGAGAAAUGCCUUAAUUUGUUUCAGGAUCAGUGUGCAUCAGUGAUGUAAUCACCAAUCUCGUCCCAGUGUAGUAGAAGCUUAAAGAAACAUGUCAAACAUCUUGUGAAAUGUGAAUUGAGGCUGUGUAAGUAUACUUAUGAAUACAGCUUUGUAACAUUUUACAUCCUGUUUAAGAUCUAGUUAUUAACAAGAAUGUUCAACAAUAAAACUGGAUAACUAAAGGAUAUUUUCAAAAAUUUAAAUUGAAGGGAUAAAAGCAAUAUGUAACCUGUACGAAAAUGCAAAUAUGAUCCAUAUUUGGGUCAAAUAAGUCUGGUGUCUGGGCAUUCCAGACAAGAAAAGAAAGAAAGAAAUUUGUUAAAUUUGAUAGUUUUGAUCAGUUAUGUGUAAAGCCAGUAGCAUUCUAAACAAAAGAAAGGUGCACCUUACCCUUAUACAGCCCACACAAAUAUAUCAACAGCAGUGAUCACAAAACGGUGUAUAACUGAAGGCAGUAGUGAGAUCUUUAACCAG